AUGCGCGUCGUGCAGCAUAUCAGCGGAUGCGACAACGGAGCCGAAAUGCCAAUCGCCUUGUCCCGAAGUGGUGGCGGCCUGGAAGUAUGCGAACUGUUUGUCGCCUGCCAGAAUAUGGCCGGCACGCCAGACCGCAACCCAGGGGAUUUCCCAAACACACCCGACGACGCAACCGAAGGAGAGCAAGCGCUUCUGUUAUAUGCCUCCUUCGGUGGUGAAGUCGCGGGGCUAGAGCUAGCCUCCUACUUUGUAGGGAGUCGGUUGACAACCUCGUAG